GACGUCACGCGCUUCCCAGUCGCCGCACGGACGGGGCGCGGCCGGUCGCGUCUCCUAAACCUGGCCGCAGCAAGUGCUUGGUGUUCAGGGCUGAAACGGUCAGGAGCUGUUCCUGCCACUCCGAAGCCCGCUGCCGCGCAGGAGAAACAAAUGCCGGAGGAAACCUUUACCUAGUCAAAUGGCGACUGAGGGCACACCGGGAGGGCCUAGUGCUUGCGAUCUGCAGGGGAACAUGGGCGCCUGGAUUGAGCGGGGCUUGCAUGUACAUGUGUGCAAACUGAAGGAAGAGGAGUCACUGUUUCCCUUAGUGGAUAAAUUAAAACUUUCUUGUCAUUUCACCCUUAAAAAUGAAGGUUUGGGCUGGGGAUUUAGCUCAGUGGUUCCGCCACUUGCCUUGCAAGCGCAAGGACCUGAGUUCAAUCCCCAGUACCAAAAAAAAAAAGGUAAAAAUGAAGGUUUGUGACUAUGUCCCCAGUCAAUUUUAGGCCUAGAAGAGCUUCAGUAAUCUCUGUAGCACAUGAGUUCCUGACAUUUCACAAGUUGUAAAAUAACGUUUUUUCAGGACAAUUUAUACAAUUCGCUUGGAGCCUUUAAGGGCCUUCUUCACUUCCCUCCUUGUUUUAACCACUGUUCACUGGGGGUGUGCAGCUAAUUUGUUCCUGUUGGAAUGUAACCUACGCACCAGAUAAGUUCUCUUCAGUCGUGGACAUCUGUGGUGACUGAUAAGAGAUAGGGACUUAGGAGCAUCAAAAAGGUCCUUACUGGACUUGGGAUUUUAGCUCAGUGGUGCCGCUGCCUGCCUCAAAAGCAAAAGGUUCUGAGUUAGAUCCCCGGUACAAAAAAAAAAACCGAAACAACAACAACAACAAAGGUCCUCACAGUAAGCUAUAGCAGUUGAUCAAACUUGUUCACAGCUGUGCUCUCCAGUGAGGACACUGGUAUCUUGGCUGUGAGAGGACAGUUGUGUCGACAGCAUACCGGCCCUUGCACACCCUUUCAGUUAUUGUGAAAACCAAGAGUUGUCCCAGGGUAUUUCCAGAGGUUCUAGGAGAGAUACUCCUUGAGAGCUGUCUUCUUGUAGGAAUUGCCUUCCAACUCGGGCAGAACAGGAUUAAUACUUGUGGGAGUAUUUGAGCGUUUGUUUGCACCUCAAAAGUUUCCUGAAGACAGUUUUAAAAUAAGUAUCCACUUAGAUGAUCUUUCCUCGGGAAUAGCUCUCUAUUCUUAUAUAUGGUGUAGGGUGCUUUGCGAUUGUGAGAACUUACCUGGCCAUCUAACAUGACCAAAAUAGGCCAGCCAUUACAGAACAAUCUGCAGGCCUCUGAAAGCCUUAUAGAAUGUGGGUAAAGCUGAUUGCCCUUGGAUUCAAGAAGUGUGUGGAGAAGUUUCAAUUUGUUUUUCUGCUUUGCAAGUAGCUUACAGUGCUUCAUUUAAGGGCUCCUUAUGACUCAUAAGAAGCACUCCUGAUAAUGGCUGACUAACCCAGAUGUCAGUGGGAGAGUGGAAGUCCCUGUGCAGUCGGCUGCUGCCCACUAGGAUAUUAGUUAAGAAUCCCCUGUGCUAUUUUGCUGUCUCCUGGGGACAUCAGGUAAGGUUUUGGUCUCAGAGAUUUUUGUGUUUAAUGACAGACUCUAGUACACAGCAACUGACAGGGCAGACAGCUGUGAUGGAGCCAUCCAGCUCAGGCGCAUAGUGAAUGUUCAGAAAUCUUGCCCCAAACAUCUUUGUUGUCAGGCCUGAGCCAGAGAAGAAGCCAUCCCAGGUUCCUGAGUGCAGUAAGGAUGCAAAACUGGAGGUGUGGUUAGAACUGCUGCUGAAUAGUUCAGGGUCUGAGAACUGGGCAUAGCCUCAGGUUGGAGCUUAUUUUAAUAUCUGUGUAGGGAUAGGGGCAAUGGCCACAGCCCAUGUAAGCUCCCUGUGUAGGUCCUGGGCCUUCCAGUAGCAAGACCAUUGUGUCUGCCCAGCUAGAACCACAAAGCUCUUCCCACAGUCCACUGAAACAGCAGAACAGCUUCCUCUUGUCCUAGGACCAUCUGUGGAUGAAGUCACACAGCAAAGGAGAGGAGAGCCUGUGGGGACCACUCAUAUAACCUAUCUGGAAUGCUUUCUAAGCUGUGGAGUAGGGUGGGAAUGACUGAUGAUAGCCAGGAUUCUGGGUUGCUGAAGAGGUAUGCCAUGGGUGAAUGCCUUAAGGAUGGCUGGCACAUAGCAGUACAUCUGUGAGGGAGAGGUGGUAAGGGAGCAGACAGCUACAGGAAGGUGGGGGCUAGGCUAGGCCUGAUAAUGAGUCCAGAAAUUGGUCAAAUUUGAAUUUUUAAAUUUUUGUAUAAGGUUUUAAGUUGAAUGUCUAGAGAUCUUUUACAAGAACACCUUGUGAUAUUGAUGUCUCAGGGCUAAAACCAUGAGUGAAUUUCGGAUUCACCAUGAUGUCAAUGAGCUGCUCAGCUUGCUGCGAAUCCAUGGAGGGGAUGGAGCUGAAGUCUACAUUGACCUGCUGCAGAAGAACCGGACCCCAUACGUCACAACAACUGUCUCUGCCCACAGUGCCAAGGUCAAAAUUGCAGAAUUUUCUCGUACUCCUGAGGACUUUCUAAAGAAAUACGAUGAACUGAAAUCUAAAAAUACAAGGAAUCUCGACCCCCUGGUGUACCUGUUGUCAAAACUCACAGAAGACAAGGAGACUUUGCAGUAUUUGCAGCAGAAUGCGAAAGAAAGAGCUGAACUUGCAGCCACUGCUAUGGCCAGCAGCACCACCUGCUUUAGUGUUCCUACCACAGCAUCCAAGAUGUCCAUGCAGGAGCUUGAGGAGCUGAGGAAGCAGCUCGGCAGUGUGACCACAGGCUCCACACUGCAGCAGUCUCUAGAACUUACAAGAAAGAUGCUCCGAGACAAGCAAAACAAAAAAAAUUCGGGCCAGCACCUCCCUGUCUUCCCAGCAUGGGUGUAUGAGAGACCUACACUCGUUGGAGAUUUCCUGAUUGGUUCAGGUUUAAGCACAGACACAGCUUUACCUAUAGGAGCACUGCCUUUGGCCUCCCAGGAGUCGGCAGUGGUGGAAGACCUGCUCUACGUGCUGGUUGGUGUGGACGGCAGGUAUAUCACUGCUCAGCCCCUGGCUGGGAGACAGAACCGCACCUUCCUUGUGGAUCCCAACUUGGACCUGUCCAUCCGAGAGCUGGUGAAUAGAAUACUCCCUGUGGCUGCCAGCUAUUCCACUGUGACCAGGUUCAUUGAAGAAAAGUCUUCCUUCGAGUAUGGGCAGGUGAACCAUGCCUUGGCAGCUGCCAUGAGAACUUUAGUAAAGGAGUACCUGAUCCUGGUCACACAGCUGGAGCAGCUGCACAGGCAGGGACUCCUGUCACUACAGAAGCUCUGGUUCUACAUCCAGCCAGCCAUGCGCACUGUGGACAUCCUGGCCUCUCUUGCCACCUCAGUGGAUAAAGGCGAGUGUGUGGGCGGGUCGACUCUGAGCCUUCUCCACGACAGGAGCUUCAACUACACAGGGGACAGCCAGGCACAGGAGUUGUGCUUAUACCUGACCAAGGCAGCCAGCGCACCGUACUUUGAGGUCUUGGAGAAGUGGAUCUACAGGGGGAUCAUCCAUGACCCCUAUAGCGAGUUCAUGGUUGAAGAACAUGAACUGCGGAAAGAGAAGAUACAGGAGGACUACAAUGACAAGUACUGGGACCAGCGGUACACUGUGGUACAGCAGCAGAUCCCUUCCUUCCUGCAGAAGAUGGCGGGCAAGAUCCUCAGCACGGGAAAAUACCUCAAUGUGGUCAGAGAGUGUGGUCAUGAUGUCACCUGCCCUGUGGCCAAAGAGAUUAUCUACACACUCAAAGAACGGGCUUACGUUGAGCAGAUUGAGAAAGCAUUCAACUAUGCCAGCAAGGUGCUGCUGGACUUCCUGAUGGAGGAGAAGGAGCUGGUGGCCCACCUGAGGUCCAUCAAGCGCUACUUCCUGAUGGACCAGGGGGACUUCUUUGUGCACUUCAUGGACCUCACUGAGGAGGAACUCAGGAAACCAGUGGAGGACAUUACUCCUACACGCCUGGAGGCUCUGUUGGAGCUGGCCCUGCGCAUGAGUACUGCCAACACUGACCCCUUCAAAGAUGACCUCAAGAUUGACCUGAUGCCUCAUGACCUCAUCACUCAGCUCUUGCGGGUUCUGGCCAUUGAGACUAAGCAGGAGAAGGCAAUGACCCAUGCUGAUCCCACUGAGCUCACGUUGAGUGGCCUAGAGGCCUUCUCCUUUGACUACAUUGUCAAGUGGCCCCUGUCACUGAUCAUCAACAGGAAGGCACUCACCCGCUACCAGAUGCUCUUUAGGCAUAUGUUCUACUGCAAACAUGUGGAGCGACAGCUUUGCAGCGUCUGGAUCAGCAACAAGACUGCCAAGCAGUACGCACUGCACUCUGCAAAAUGGUUUGCUGGUGCCUUCACUCUGCGGCAGCGAAUGCUCAACUUCGUUCAAAACAUUCAGUACUAUAUGAUGUUUGAAGUGAUGGAACCAACCUGGCACAUCCUUGAGAAAAACCUGAAGUCUGCCUCCAACAUAGAUGAUGUCCUUGGCCACCACACGAGCUUCCUGGACAACUGCCUGAAAGACUGCAUGCUGACCAACCCUGAGCUUCUAAAGGUCUUCUCUAAGCUCAUGUCUGUGUGCGUCAUGUUCACCAACUGCAUGCAGCACCUGACAGAGCCUGUGGACACCCCUCAGAUGGCCUCUGGCUUUGAAGCCACCAUCAAUAACUUUGACAAGAACUUUUCUGCUCAUCUGCUUGACCUGCUAGCCCGACUGAGCGUCUAUAGCACCAGUGACUGCGAGCAUGGCAUGGCCAGCGUCAUCUCCAGGCUUGACUUCAAUGGCUUCUACACAGAGCGACUGGAGCGCCUGUCUGCAGAAAGGAGCCAGAAAGCAGCCCCCCAAGUGCCUGCCCCACGGGGGCCCCCUAUACCAGCACCAGCACCAAGGGUGGCAGUCACUGCACAGUGAACCCUGGGGCCAGUCAGCACUAUGAUGCAGUGAUCUCAGAAUUUUUAAAUCAUAUGUUCCUGGAACACGUGUUGUUUGUGCUGUUAUUGUUUAAAUAUUAGGUCUGAAUUACAGUCUUGGCUCGCUGCA